GGUGUCAGGUGUGAGCCUGUGAGUGUCCCGUGUUCCCGGGUGGACAGUGGCCCUGGCGGGGUGUGGUCAGUGACCGGUGACCCGGGUUCUGUGCCUCCUCUCCCGGGGUUAGUGGCCAGACACGGCGGGUGCACGCUCCUUUUGCUUCCCUCCUGCAACUUUCUCCUUGUUUCCAGCCGCAGGCGGCGCCGUCCUGGUUGUUAUUUGUAGAGAACCUCGUCUCCCAGAGAUGUCCGCACAGGUCCUGUUCUUCGGAGGGUCUGUGUAGUUUCUGUACCAGAGGUGGCUCCUCGCCGGAACGUCCGUCGCGCUUGCGGAGCAGCAUGGUCUUUCUCACCGCUGGUCUGUAGAACCGCUCUUGUGGAGACCCUCAGCGGCGUUUGGAAGGGGGCCAGCGGCCGGGUACCCGCCAUGGAGAAGAUGGCGAGGGUCACCACGGCCCUAGGCGGUAACACCCUGACAGGGCGCACCAUGUUCUGUCACCUCGAUGCCCCCGCCAACGCCAUAAGCGUCUGCCGCGAUGCCACCCAAGUGGUGGUGGCCGGUCGUAACAUCUUCAAGAUCUACUCCAUGGAGGAAGACCACUUUGUGGAGAAGCUGAACCUGAGAGUGGGCCGCAAGACGUCCCUCAAUUUCAGCUGUGCCGAUGUGGUGUGGCAUCAGAUGGAUGAAAACCUUCUGGCCACGGCUGCCACCAAUGGCGUGGUGGUGACAUGGAACCUGGGCAAGCCGUCCCGGAACAAGCAGGACCAGCUCUUUACCGAGCACAAGAGGACGGUGAAUAAAGUCUGCUUCCACCCCACCGAGGUCUACAUGCUGCUCAGCGGCUCCCAGGACGGAUUCAUGAAGUGCUUCGACCUCCGGAAGAAGGACUCGGUCAGCACCUUCUCAGGUCAGUCGGAGAGUGUGAGGGACGUCCAGUUCAGCAUCCGGGACUACUUCACCUUCGCCGCCACCUUUGAGAAUGGAAACGUCCAACUCUGGGACAUCCGAAGGCCGGACCGAUUUGAGCGCAUGUUUACCGCCCAUAACGGCCCGGUGUUCUGCUGUGACUGGCACCCUGAGGACAGGGGAUGGCUGGCCACUGGCGGGCGUGAUAAGAUGGUGAAAGUGUGGGACAUGAACACCAACCGGGCCAAGGAGAUCUACUGCGUACAGACCAUCGCCUCCGUCGCCCGGGUGAAGUGGCGUCCUGAGAGGAAGUACCACCUCGCAACAUGUUCCAUGAUGGUGGACCAUAACAUCUACGUGUGGGACGUCCGCAGGCCUUUCAUACCGUUCGCUACUUUCGAGGAGCACAAGGACGUGACGACGGGCAUCGUAUGGCGCCACCUCCACGACCCGUACUUCCUGCUCUCGGGAUCUAAGGACAGCACCUUGUACCAGCACAUCUUUAGAGACGCCAGGAGGCCGAUAGACCGCGCCAAUCCCGAAGGCCUCUGCUACGGGCUGUUCGGAGAUUUGGCUUUUGCAGCCAAGGAAAGCCUGAUUUCUUCCUCCUCCUCCUCCUCCCAGGACUCCAAUAGGAAACCCUACGACAGGCGGCACCCGAUCUUCUUCUUGAGGAAGCAAGACCCCAUGGAGCAAUUUGAGAACAUCUCCAGUGGUCUGAUGGUAUUUGAGGCGGGGGGCGAGGACAUGGGCUGGUUCGUGGCCACGGCGGAGAGGUACGCUCUGGCCGGGAAGCCUCUGGCGGAACUUUGUGAUCACAAUGCAAAAGUGGCUCGAGAACUGAACAGAUGGCAGGUUGCUCAGACGUGGACGAUGCUGGGAAUCAUCUACUGCAGCCCGGGCACCGUGCCCCCCACGAAUCUCAACCACAGCCUGGGCAAAAGCAGCAGCUCGCAGCCCGUUCUGAACAGCUUUAUCCAGAAGGACAUGCCAGCGGGGGUGGGCAGCGAGGCUUGGCUGGAACACAGCAAAGGAGACAGCCGGGCGGACAGCAUACUGAUGGACUCCGCAGCCAUCACUAAUGAGGAGAACGAGGAGACAGAGGGCAGUGACGUUCCUGCUGACUACCUCCUGGGGGACGUGGAGGGAGAUGAGGAUGACCUGUACCUGGUGGACCAUGAUCAUCCGCACCCUGAGGAUCAGGAGUAUAUUCUUCCCCAGGAAGGUUUUCCCUUGCGUCACGAGAUUACAGACACCCCUUCGGCUCUGGACCACCUGCAGGAUAAGGCGGACUCUCCCCACGUGAGCGGCAACGAGGCUGAGACAGUGUCCCUGACUCCAGUAGAGUCUUUCUCCCUCAUCUCCAUCUCCCAUGCCUUGUAUGAGAACAGGCUUCCUUCUGACUUCUUCAACCCCACCGUGCGGGACAUGUUGUGUUACUACGCCGAGCAGGGAGACGUGCAGAUGGCGGCCUCUGUCCUCAUUGUGUUGAGAGAUCGAAUCCGCAAGGAGAUCGAUGAGCAGAUGCAGGAACACUGGUUCACCUCUUACAUCGACCUACUCCAACGCUUCAAGCUGUGGAACGUCUCCAACGAAGUGAUCAAACUGAGCACGUCCAGCGCCAUCAACUGCAUGAACCAGGCCUCCACCACCCUCCACAUCAACUGCAGCAACUGCAAGCGACCCAUGAGCAACACGGGCUGGAUCUGCGAUCGAUGCCGGCAGUGCGCCAGUAUGUGUGCCGUGUGCCACCAUGUGGUGAAAGGCCUGUUUGUCUGGUGCCAGGGCUGUGGGCACGGUGGCCACCUUCAACACAUUAUGAACUGGAUGCAGACGAACUCCCACUGUCCGGCCGGCUGCGGUCACCCCUGUGAAUACAGCUGAGCGUAGGGUUCGUAUAUCGAAGCUCAUUGGCGCCCUCCGGUGUGUACUGGCAGCAUGGCAAGAGAUUUUCCCAUUCUUGGCUUAUUCAGAUGAGCCCUAGUUCUGUCGGAUAAAAACAUCCGAUGUUUUCCAUCCGCGUCGAAUCAGGAUCGUUCUGGAAGUCAGUUGGUUCCGUCCGCAUGGCAUCAGUACACCAUCCGUUUUUCAUGUGUGUGAAAAAUAAAUGACCGCCUGCCCAGCGUUUCUAGCAGCCAUCGGGGAAAAAUGGACCACACGUGGAUUGCGUCCGUUUGCUGUCAAGAUUUUUUCCACUGAGCCAUCGUGAAAAACGGACAGUGAUGGAACGUGCUGCAAUCUCUGAACGAACCGACGGUCUGUUAAAAAGAAAGUGACGUGAAUUGUCCGGAGUCUUGUUCUGCUCCCGGGAAGCAUCUGGACGGGACAGACAUUCAGCACUGAGCUUCACAUAUUGGUACGUCCUGUCCCCCCCCAACUCUAAUCUUAAUAUUGGUUUAUACUCGGAGUGAUAGCCGCCAUCAGUGUGCUUCCUGAGCCUGCCAGGAGAUGGCGCUUCUAUCAGUGAGUCCCUUUUCAUUCAUGUUACCUGCUACAUCCGGGGUCUACACUGCAGAGUCGGGAACCCCCUGCCCUCAUGUGAUGUCCCCGGGAUGAAGGGCGCAGUGGCCCCUUGUGUCUAGUCACCGCAGGGUCUUCUAGCUGCCCCGGCAGAGAGUAGGAGCUAGGACCCAGCAGGUGCAGGGGCAGGUCAGUGAGUGGUUUUCUUAUUUUUUAAGGGUCACAAGUUGACAUCUAAGACGUCUGAAGGCCUUAAUAUAAUAAUCUGUAUAAAUAAUAAGAAGUCAUUCUCCAGAACAUGCAGCGUCUCAAAGGUUACAUCACCUGUCUCUGCCCCGGGUCCCAAAUGUCACCAUCACUCUCAUCCUUUCUCACCCCUCUCUCUCUCUCUUCCCCUGCUCUGUCUCCCUCUUUGCUCUGACCCUCCCUUUCUUUUUCUCCUUUUUAUUCCUUCUUCAGCUCUUCCUUACACUCAUUCUUUCGUCUUACACUAUCU